GCAAAGGAAUACAGAAAAUGAGCCUGCAGAAGGAGACGAUCUGUUUGAGAAGACUUCAGAGUGUCAUCAGGGGUGCCUCAGGGUUGGAGGGAACAGCUUUUAAUUUAUGUAUUAAUAAUCCAGGGUCUCCUUUCUAAGGCUGAGAUUCAGCACGUUACUGUGAAAGGGAUGAGUCCUCUCCAGCCGUGUGGCUUCUCCUCGAUCGUAUCCGAUGGAUGUGAGAGGCAGCGACAUGACCACAGCGGCAGACAACGUGUCAACUUCGGCCCUGAUCUGGGAAACAGGGAUGGCGAGUUCUCUGUCUCCUCAGAUCACAGCUGUAAACAGCACAUCUGGAGCGACGCCGCUGGAGGUCUCAGAGGGAAGCUCGGUGCUGUGGGGCAUAGCCGUGGCUGCUCAGGCUCUCCUCCUCCUGGCCAUCUUCCUGCUCUCCAGCUUGGGAAACUCAGCUGUGGUGAUCGUGAUCAUCAAACACCGUCAGCUCAGGACAGUCACCAACGCGUUCAUCAUGUCCCUCUCGCUGUCGGACUUCCUUACGGCCGUGCUCUGCCUGCCUUUCUCCUUCAUCAUGCUCUUCAGUAAGGAUGGUGUGUGGAUGUUUGGUGAGCGCUUCUGCAUUGCCAACGGGUUCUUUAACACCUGCUUUGGGAUCAUUUCCACUCUCACCAUGACGCUCAUCUCCUUCGAUCGGUAUUACGCUAUUGUCAGGCAACCGCAGGAGAAGAUUGGAAGGAAGAAGGCCAUCCAGCUGCUGGUGGCUGUCUGGCUGUCAGCUGUGAUUUUCUCUUUCCCGUGGUAUCUCCUCAUACGGACAUCAGAACACCUGGUCAUUCACAAACGUGGAUUUUACCACUGCAUGUACGUUUUCCACUCGGGGACGUCCCGCAUGGGGACGGUGUACAGUGUGUCCCUCAUCGUCGUGUGCUACCUCCUUCCAUUUGCGCUUAUGUGUUUCUGCCACUAUAACAUCUGCAAAACAGUGCGUCUCUCCGAGAUCCGGGUGCGACCGGUCACCACGUACGCACACUUGCUCCGCUUCUACAGCGAGAUGAGGACGGCUACGACCGUACUCAUCAUGAUCGUCUUCAUCAUUUUCUGCUGGGGUCCGUACUGCCUGAUGGGGAUCGUCACUGCAAUCGGAAACUACGCCUUUAAUCCGGCCAUGGACGCCGUAGCCGUGUGUAUGGCCUGGGCCAAUGGUGCCAUCAACCCACUCAUUUAUGCCAUGAGAAACCCCAACAUCUCCAUGCUGCUGGGGCGCAGCCGUGAGGAAGGAUACAGGACUAGAAACGUCGCUGCUUAUCUGUCUGCGCAGACUCGAACACGCAGUCGAACUGCGUCACGGUCGCACGCAAUACGAGAGCGCUACAUAACAGGAACACGUGCUGGAGGAAACAGUAGAGUGUCGUCUUCAAGCCCAGCUAACGGUGGAGAAGUAGCAAUGUGGGCAUGCAAGAACCCUGCUGUGUUUUUCUGCACGGACGCACAACUUGACACAGCCACCGAGAUCGGACACGAACCAAAACGCCACACGGCGAAUACCAGUCUCUGAUUUAACAUUUGACUGGUGGACUAGUGGUAUAUACAUCAUUUGCAUCAGUUUGUAUCGCUCUUUUUUUUUAAAGUGCCAAACUAGACACCAGGGUGCGCGCAAUCGCACCACAACACUGUGGACGAAUCAAGAAGUAACAUUUUCGUGGGCCUAUAGAGCUUUAACCUGAAGGGGGACGUGGGGAUGGUGUAACACAUUUCACUUUCUUUAACAUCUCUCUUUAUCAAAAUGACACAGUUACCUGAAAUGUGCAGUGCAUUUUUGUGGGCAGAACAUAAAUGACAUUGUAAAAGCAGGUUAGGAUGUGAAAAUCACUAAAAUUAUUCCCACUAAAUGUCUGUGAUGAAGUACAAAUUUUUAAAAAAGUUUUU